AUAGCAAAAUCUCUAAUAAUUGAUUAUAUGAAUUAAUGGUUAAAUUUUAUAGUAAUUAAACUUGAAUUAAUCAGUGAUUAAUUUAGAGAUUAAAGAAGAGGGUGAAGUUGUUGUUGCAUGGCAAAAGGUCGAAAGCCGACGACAAUGAACCGGAGCGAUCGAUACCUUGGAAGCUACACUUACGGUGACAGUCACGGAAACUCCGUUACCGACGAAUUAGAGCUCGGUGAGGAAGACAUCUGGUCACCGGCCGUCAUUCACGACGACACCACCGAGAAUGAGGAAUCCUACGGCACGUGGAACUUACGCGCUACCUUGGGAAAAAACGGGCGCGUGGGAGGAUUGUCGCUGGCUUUCGAGGGCUCUUUGGUUGCUCCGCCGUCGUCUUCGCCGAUGAUAGUGCAGAAGAUUCACGGCGGAGGAGGUGAGGGAGAGGAAGACCGGAGAAAAUUGGCGUCUUCGGCGCCGGUAAACGUACCGGACUGGAGUAAGAUAUACCGAGUUGACUCGGUUGAGUCAAUACACGAGUUAGACGACGAGGAUGACGAGGAUGAGGAAUCCGGGAUGAUGCCGCCGCAUGAGUACCUUGCUAAGAGUCAAGCACGGCGGAGUAGAAAGAUCGGAGGUGGUGGUGCGUCGGUGUUUGACGGCGUCGGAAGGACUCUCAAAGGCAGAGAACUAAGGCGCGUUCGUGACGCGAUUUGGAGCCAAACAGGGUUCUACGGCUAAGUAUAAUUAACAAAACUAAAAAAAAAAACAUUUUAGAUUUCAAUUAAAAUUACUUGUUUUUGCCAGUAUAGAAGUAAUUUUUGUGAUUAUGCAAAUUUUUAAUUUUGAGUUUUAUUAUGAACGAGACCAAAAUUUCAAGUUCCUCGUAUAUGUUGUUGUUCUGUCUAUAUGUAUAUUAUAACUCGAAAAUAAUUUUGUCUUAUGUUAAUUAGUUUAAUUAGCUGUAGUUAUAAAU